ACUCUAGCGGCGGCGGAAGUGCGGCUCCGCACGGGCAAGAUGGCGGCGCCCAGGGGUCUCUCGUUCGAGUAGGUGGCUGGCUGCAGAGACCCGCUUCAAGUGGCUCAGGCGGAGAACCCAGGAGAAAGGGGUGAGUGAGAGCAAUUCUCCACACCAAGAAAGCAAUACUGGAAGGAUUCAUACAAAGGUUACAGCUUGAGUGUCAUGAUGCUGUCCAGACCAAAGCCUGGAGAGUCUGAGGUGGACCUCCUGCGCUUCCAGAGCCAGUUCCUCGAAGCUGGUGCAGCCCCAGCGGUGCAGCUGGUGAAAGGAAGUCGGAGACAUGGUGAUGCUCAUCCAGACCAGCUUCCAGUGCAGGACCGGCGGGAUGUGGUGAUGCUGGACAAUCUCCCAGAUUUGCCGCCAGCUCUGGUGCCCGCUCCUGCAAAGAGAGCUAGACCCAGCCCUUGCCACCCGCUACCUCAUGAUGAAGACCCUGAAGAGAGACUGAGUAGGCAUGACCAGCACAUCACCGCCGUCUUGUCUAAAAUUAUUGAACGAGAUACAAGUUCAGUCGCUGUGACUCUGCCUGUGCCCAGUGGCGUUGCUUUCCCUCCUGUGUUCCAUCGCUCACAGGAGAGACAGGGGAAAUCGGCAGCACCCAGUAAAAGGAGCAUCUUUGCCCAAGAGAUUGCAGCAAGGAGGGUGACUGAAAACAGGGUCUCAGCAGCUGGGGGAGUUGUCCCCAGGCUAGACCCGCCAGAGGGCGCUGUGCCCUCUGAGACACCCUCCUCUAGGGACAAAGGCAACCAGUUUCCAGGGGGCAGCCAUGACUUCCACAGAUCGAAUCUGGUCACAGGGAAGGGGCUGAGGAGCCAGGCAGCUGAGCAGGAAGUCCAGACCAUCCAUGAAGAGAAUGUAGCAAGACUGCAAGCCAUGGAUCCUGAGGAGAUCCUGAAGGAGCAGCAGCAGUUACUGGCUCAACUUGACCCCAAGUUGGUUGCCUUCUUGAGAUCUCAUAGCCAUGCCUUGGAGCAAGCAGGGACAAAGGCCACCAAGGAGCAGAGCCCAGGCAGACCUGAAGUUCCUGUCACUGCAGAAGAGUCCAUCAUGUCAACUUGUACCAGUGAGCCCAGGACAGAGGCACUGAAACUACCUGUGACCCCCCACAAAGAAUGGCUCCAUAUGGACACUAUUGAACUGGAGAAGCUCCACUGGACCCAGGACCUGCCCCCGCUCCGGCGGCAGCAGACCCAGGAGAGAAUGCAGGCCCGAUUCAACCUUCAAGGAGAACUCCUGGCGCCCGAUGUGGACCUGCCCACCCAUCUGGGCCUGCACCACCAUGGAGAAGAGGCAGAGAGAGCAGGGUACUCUCUACAGGAGCUGUUCCAUCUGACCCGUAGCCAGGUGUCCCAACAGAGAGCACUAGCAUUGCAUGUAUUGUCCCAGAUCAUCAGCCGGGCCCAGGCUGGUGAGUUUGGAGACCGCCUAGUGGGCAGCAUCUUGCGCCUCCUCUUGGAUGCUGGUUUCCUCUUCCUGCUGCGCUUCUCUCUGGAUGACAGGGUGGAUGGUGUCAUCGCAGCAGCUGUCCGGGCUCUUCGUACUCUGCUAGUAGCUCCUGGAGAUGAGGAACUCCUUGACAGCACCUUCUCUUGGUAUCAUGGAGCUUUGGUGUUCCCUCUGAUGCCCAGUCAGGAGGAUAAAGAUGAUGAAGGUGAGGAUGACGAACCCACAACCGGAAAGGCAAAGAAGACCCCUGAGGAAGAAAGCCGCCCUCCACCCGACCUGGCCAGACAUGAUGUCAUCAAGGGGCUCCUGGCUACCAAUCUGCUGCCUCGGCUGCGCUAUGUGCUGGAGGUGACCUGCCCAGGACCCUCUGUGGUCCUUGACAUCCUGGCUGUGCUUAUCCGCUUGGCCCGACAUUCCCUGGAGUCAGCCACGAGGGUUCUGGAGUGUCCUCGGCUAAUAGAGACCAUAGUUCAAGAGUUCCUGCCUACCAGUUGGACCCCCAUGGCAGUGGGACCUACUUCCAGUCUAUAUAAAGUGCCCUGUGCUGCUGCCAUGAAACUGCUUAGAGUCCUGGCUUCAGCUGGGAGGAAUAUUGCUGCCCGACUGCUGAGCAGCUUUGACUUCAGGAGCCGGCUGUGCCGAUUCAUCGCCCAAGUGCCACAGGAACUGGCCUUGCCCCCCGAGGAGGCGGAGACGCUGAGCACCGAGGCCUUCCGUCUGUGGGCCGUGGUCGCUUCCUACGGCCAGGGCAGUGACCUUUACAGGGAGCUGUACCCAGUGCUCGUGCGGGCCUUGCAGACCCUGCCUACAGAGCUCAGCACCCAGCCCCCACAGCCGCGGUGCAUGCAGCGGAUAGCCUCUCUACUCACUCUUGUUACUCAGCUGACCCUGGCAGCUAACCGCACACAUCCUGAACCCACCAGUGGCUCGGCUGAGGCUUGUGCGUCGGCCUUACCUUCUUCGAUCACCUGGACACAGGUGUCUGGCCUGCAGCCACUGGUCGAACCAUGUCUAAAGCAGAUCCUAAAGUUCCUGCCCAGGCCUGAUGUGUGGAGUGCCCUGGGCCCAGUGCCCACUGCCUGCCUGCUGUUCCUGGGUGCCUACUAUCAGACCUGGAGUCAGCAGACAGGCUUGUGCCCAGAGGAUUGGCUUCAGGACAUGGAGCGCUUGUUGGAUGAGUUCUUGCUGCCAUUGCUGAGUCAGCCUUCUCUGGGCCAUCUGUGGGAUUCCUUGAGGCCCUGCUCCCCGCUUUGCAAUCCGCUGUCCUGUGCCCCUGCUCCUGAAGCUCUCCCCAGCCUCGUGUCACUGGGCUGUGCAGGCGGCUGCCCCCCUCUCAGUGUGGCUGGCUCAGCCUCACCCUUCCCGUUCCUCACCGCCCUCCUCUCUCUCCUCAACAUCCUGCUCCGGAUCCACAAGGGGCUUUGUGGGCAGCUGGCUGCUGUGUUGGCUGCUCCAGGACUCCAGAAGUACUUUCUUCAGUGUGUGGCUCCCGUGCCUGCCCCACAACUCACACCCUUCUCUGCCUGGGCUCUGCGCCAUGAGUACCACCUGCAGUACCUGGUGCUCUCCCUAGCCCAAAAAGCGGCAACGCUGAAACCAGAGCUAGCCGCCAAUACUGCCCUCCUCCAUGCUGUGGCCUUGAUCCUGCUGAGCCGGCUGCUGCCUGGAAGUGAAUACCUUGCACAAGAGCUGCUGCUGAGCUGUGUGUUCCGGCCGGAGUUCCUGCCGGAAAAUGCAUCAGGGGGUCCGGAGGCAGCUGACUUCUCCGAUGGACUGUCCUUAGGGAACAGUGGGGACCCUCAGUGCAGACGAGGGGCUCUCCUAGUUCAAGCUUGCCAGGAUCUCCCCAGCAUCCGCAGCUGCUACCUGGCUCAUUGUUCACCAGCCCGAGCCAGCCUGCUGACUUCCCAAGCCUUAUACCGUGGGGAGCUACUGCGAGUCUCAAGCCUGCUACUGCCUGUGCCUAAGGAGCCACUGCUGCCCACUGACUGGCCUUUCCAGCCAUUGAUACAUCUCUACCAUCGGGCUUCAGAUACUCCUUCUGGGCUUCCUGCUGCUGACACUGUAGGCACCGCUGUGCGGGUCCUACAGUGGGUGCUAGUUCUGGAGAGCUGGCGCCCUGAAGCCCUCUGUGCUGUGCCUCCUGCUGCCCGCCUGGCAAGGCUCAUGUGUGUGUUCCUGGUGGACAGCGAGCUAUUCAGAGAGACUCCCAUACAGCGCCUGGUGGCGGCUCUUUUAGCGUGGCUCUGUCGGCCCCAAAUCCUGCCAAGCCUCAACCUGGACUGCCCCCUCCCUGGCCUGGCGUCUUUUCCUGACCUCUAUGCCGGCUUCUUAGAGCACUUUGAGGCUGUCUCUUUUGGGGACCACUUGUUCGGGGCUCUGGUCCUCCUUCCUCUGCAGCGUCGGUUCAGUGUCACGUUGCGCCUUGCCCUCUUUGGGGAGCAUGUGGGAGUCUUGCGAGCCCUAGGCCUGCCCCUGACUCAGCUGCCUGUGCCGUUGGAGUGCUACACAGAGCCUGCUGAAGACAGCCUGGCUCUCCUUCAGCUCUACUUUAGGGCUCUGGUUACUGGUGCACUCCGUCCACAUUGGUGCCCUGUCCUCUACACUGUAGCUGUGGCUCAUGUCAAUAGUUUCAUCUUCUCCCAAGACCCAAAGAGCUCAGAUGAGGUGAAGGCUGCCCGAAAGACUAUGUUGCAGAAAACAUGGCUGCUGGCAGAUGAGGGUCUUCGGCAGCAUCUCCUCCACUACAAGCUUCCCAACUCCAGCCUCCCAGGGGGCUUUGAGCUGUAUUCCCAGCUGCCUCGCCUGAGGCAGCAGUACCUUCAGACAUUGCCCACAGAGGUGCUCCAGAAUGGAGGGGUCAAGAUGUCGUAGAGCACUCGGCACCGCUGAAGAUGAACAUAUUCUCCUCGGGCUUGCCAGUGGGAGCCCGCUCAUCCAGGACAUCAUUUCAUAAGGGAACGUGGGGAACAAGGGGACACAAGGCUUGCCGUCCCGAGACCACAUUGCUUGAGCCCUUUUAGAACAGAAGGGACUCUUUACAUCUCGAUACUGGAGCCCAGGAUCAGGGGCCUCUGAGGGCUGUGCUAGGAGUGGAGGGUGACUUAGCUGCUUACCCGACUGUGGGCACAGAGCAGUCUGAGUCCCUCACCCACUUCACCAGGACACGGUGUAUGACUGCUGAAAUAAAUUCUUUUCUAGUCUA